GCGGGGCCACGCUGCCCGCCCCACCCCCUUGUUUCAGUUGCCCCCAGGCCGGGCUCUAGCGCGCGCCGGGGCCCGCGUGCCCUCAGCGGGCUGUGCUGCGCGCGAGCCGCUCGGGGCUGGGCAUGCUGGGAGCCGCUCGGGAAACCGUCGCCGCCGCCGCCGCCGCCGCCGCCACCACCGCCACCCGCGGUGGGAGUCCCUGAGGCGCGGAGAUGAAAUUCCCGGUCUCGGUGAUCGCGUCCGUGCUCCUGUUCGUGGCCGAGACGACGGCGGCGCUCUACCUGAGCAGCACCUACCGCUCCGCAGGGGACCGCAUGUGGCAGGUGCUGACGCUGCUCUUCUCCUUGAUGCCCUGCGCCCUGGUGCAGUUCACACUCCUCUUCGUCCACCGCGACCUCAGCCGCGAUCGUCCCCUGGUGCUGCUCAUGCACCUGCUCCAGCUCGGGCCCCUGUACAGGUGUUGUGAAGUCUUUUGCAUCUACUGUCAAUCCAACCAGAAUGAAGAACCUUAUGUGAGCAUCACUAAGAAACUACAGAUGCCAAAAGAUGGCCUUUCAGAGGAGGUUGAGAAAGAGGUCGGCCAAGCAGAAGGAAAGCUUUUUACUCACCGUUCUGCAUUCAGUCGGGCAUCAGUGAUACAGGCUUUCCUAGGCUCUGCCCCACAACUGACCCUACAACUGUAUAUAACUGUCUUGGAGCAGAACAUCACUACUGGAAGAUGCUUCAUCAUGACCUUGUCCCUGCUGUCUAUUGUCUAUGGUGCCUUACGCUGCAACAUCUUAGCCAUCAAAAUCAAGUAUGAUGAAUAUGAGGUCAAAGUCAAACCCCUGGCCUAUGUCUGUAUCUUCCUCUGGAGAAGCUUUGAGAUUGCCACUCGGGUCAUUGUCUUGGUCCUCUUUACCUCUGUCCUGAAGAUCUGGGUGGUGGCAGUCAUACUUGUCAACUUCUUCAGCUUCUUCUUGUACCCCUGGAUCCAUUUCUGGUGCAGUGGCUCCCCAUUCCCCGAGAACAUAGAGAAGGCCCUAAGUAGGGUGGGUACCACCAUCGUGCUCUGUUUCCUCACUUUACUCUAUGCUGGCAUCAACAUGUUCUGCUGGUCAGCUGUCCAGCUGAAAAUCGACAACCCGGAGCUCAUCAGCAAGUCCCAGAACUGGUACCGGCUGCUGAUUUACUACAUGACAAGAUUCAUCGAGAACUCUGUCCUCCUGCUCCUGUGGUAUUUCUUUAAAACUGACAUAUACAUGUAUGUGUGUGCACCUCUGUUGAUUUUGCAGCUGCUCGUUGGGUACUGCACUGGCAUUCUCUUCAUGCUUGUGUUCUAUCAGUUUUUCCACCCUUGCAAAAAGCUUUUCUCCUCCAGUGUUUCUGAAAGCUUUAGGUCAAUUCUCAGGUGUUCCUGUUGGUCUGCCCUGAGGAGAAAAUCCACAGAGCCAGUAGGAAGGAUAGACACAGACUUAAAGGCAUGCACAGAGGAAUAUGUAAUGCCUUCUACCAGUAAAAUGACUCCCAAGACUGAGAUUUGGACUGCUGUUGAUCUGUGCUCUGCUUAAUGGAACCUGAGGCUUCUUACAGACUUCAGACACAUUAUGAGCCCUGCACAGGGACUAAGGCAGGAAGUUAACUGUCAGUUCCCUGUGAGCUGCUACCUUUUAUAUAGAUUUGAUGCAAUUUUGGGAGCACUAGGGAAGCCUACUACCCCACAGUUUGUUUCACAUUUGACUCUGUUAUGUUCUUGCAGCCUUACUAGCCAUUUCAUUGAUUGACACAGUAUCCCUUAAGUUUUAGUUGAGCUAGUCAUACUCAUCAGGUAUAAUGAAGAGACAUACUUGUUUUCUAGUUCCUAGCCUGUUGUCUCAAUAGCCUGAUGCUUUACUACUACUGAAUACAGCUUUAUACAAGAGUCUCCAUGAUAGCUGGAAUAGGUUACUAGGGAUUUUACAACAUUGUUCCAAUUGUAGCUUACAGGAGAGCUAUUUAAGUUUGUUUUAUCAGUAUGUUCCAUUUUCACCUCAGUAAGACUUUUUGUAUAUAACCAACUGUAACCACUCUAGCAUGCAAUGUGCAUUUUGUUUCAAGGGCCUAGAUUUGGAGACUUUAUUCUCUAGGAUCCAUUGGUACAGUUACUUAGGAAAGCCAUGUUUCAUUCCACAUGUUGAGGAAAGUAGGGAUCAGGAUGGAUUGGGACAAUUGUUAGAACAUCAAAAUAACAGAAGCUCAUACAAAUAUCUAAAUGUUUAAAGAUGUGAAUUGGUUAGAAAGUAGGCUUAAUUAUCCUCAUAACUCAGUCUUGUCCUAUAAUUCUGAAAAUUUUCCAGUAGAAUUUUCUAAGAUUAAUAUUUUAACAAGGAAGAAAAUAAAACUAAUAGUUUUCAUCCCCAUCUCCCCCUUCCUGGAGUGUCGGAAAGUUUUUAACCUCAGUGCAUUUGCUGUUGUUUCUACAAAGCCCUAUAGAAAUGUCUUCCCCGAUGCAACUACACAGGACACUUUAUCUUCCACAAUUUUAAGAAGAAGUGUUUUCCUCACUACCACCCUUAGAAAUGUUGACCUUAGAAACUUUCUAAGUUAUAGAAAGUAAUGAAAUGAUCAGAAGUUUUUGUUCCUCAUGAAAUCCAUUUUGACAUGAUAGCAGUUAAUUUUAAUGAGGUCUUCAGUUUUCCCCUCCACACCAUUUCAUCUAAUGAAUAAUUUCUCUCUGAUUUGGCACUAUUUAUUUUAAUUUAAAAAGGUUGAAUAGAAUAUUAUCAGUAGUCUGACAGAAAUGCCAGCAAGCAGCGCUAUGAUUUCUACUACUAAAUGUGGAUAAUGAAAUGUCUACAAACAAGUGAUCAUGAAAUCCACACCAACUUAACAUGAGAAUUGUAACAAAAUUUAAUGCAUUUUCAAAGGUACCUCUAUUUGUGAUUCUAUGGAAUAGAAUACAUAUUUACUUUUCUGACCACCUUAAUACAUAAAACACAUUUAUCUGGUCAUCACAGUCCUCAUAAUUGCUUUUUAAAAACUCUCUUGGUAUCAAAUUGAUGAGUAAUUUCAUAAACAAAUGAACAUUCAGUUUGGUAACUAUUUUACUAUACUAGAGGAUUCAUAAAAUAGUAAGGAUUCUUUGAUGUGUCAUUUGCACUGUUAAUGUUUUUACCAUUUUGUAUGCACAUGCUUCAGUAAAGUUCUGAACCACAGAGCAUCUGUUUUCCUUCCUGAAAUAUUUUUCCUCAUUUGUAAUUCUUCUGUUUUACCAGGAUUUGUGGUUUACCUAUAUGAUAAUGCAUAGGCAGUACAUCCUUUUUGACUACUUUUAACAUAUAAAAGUCAAAUUGAUGUUUGUCUCUGUUUUCUGUUGACCCCUGUAUCACUUUUCCUGUUUUUAAUAGUAUACAUUAUCAAAGUGAUACUUUAUAUGACAGAUACUUCUUUGUAUUUUUCUUGCUCAGAGGUACAAAACUGUUGAAAAUAUAUAACAAGUACAGGGAAAAAAAGCUUAAGAUUCUAAAGCACUCCUGUUUUGGUUAUUUCCUAGUUUAAGAAGUCCACGAUGAUUCAGAGGGUAGGAAGAGCAUCCCUCGGUCAUCCCAAACUGUUUUUCUCUGUCAAAUCAUUUCCUUAUGUUUACAGGCAGCAGGUGUUUUCAGUCUUUAAUGUGAAGGACAUCCUUUUCUUGAAGCUUUCCAGUGACUAAGGGUAGAAGUGGUACCCAUUUCCAAUUUCAGGUCAUGCUUUGAGAGUGAGACUAGCGUCACUUUGACACUUCCUAGGCAGGUUCAGAAUUAGACAAGGGUAAGGAUACUUGUAUUUUUCCAGCCUUGGUUUAGAAGCAGGACCUAAAAAUACUUUUAAACUCUUAAUUUUCAAAUAUAUUGUAAGCCCUUUUACCUUAGUCAGUUGGCAAGCAUCUUGAAUGACCUCAAAGCAAACUAGCCGUGAUAAACUAUCAGACACCAAAGGCCCAGGUCACGCUUUAUAAAGACAGGUGUUUUUAUUUUUUAUUUUUAGCUAAUUAGAUACUAUUUCAGUCUCUUGGUAAGUAGGCAUUUUCCCUGUGCAGUCCCGUAAGCUUACUUAAUUAUUCUAUGCCUCCAUUUCCUAACAUACCAAAUUAACAUGACACACUAUUCCAACUUACCUCACAAACUUGUUGGAAAGAUUCCAUUAAGUAAUAGAUACAAAAAUAUUUCAAAGUACCACAAAGAGUUAUUAUAUUAUUCAAGUCCAUAAGGUGGUUAUUGUUUGUGGUUUUGUUCUGUUGUUUUCCUGGCUGAAAUGACAUAAGUAGUUUCAUACACAUCAGUCUUUAGUGAAUGUACAGGUCUUUGGGCUUCUCUGCAGUUGCCUUCUCUUACCAUCAGUUGAUUACAAACUUUAGUACUCAGGGCAUACACAAUGGCUCAGUGGGGAAAGGUUCGUGCCACCAAACCCAACAACCCAACUUCCAUCCUCGGCACCUACAUGGUCUAAGGAAAGAAACAGUUCCCACAGCUGUCUGAUUUCUAAAAGCAAACUAUGGUGCAUGUAUGCGCGUACACAGACUCACACACUUACAAAAUAAAAACAUUAAAAAUAGCCCCUAAGCCCUUAGUGCUUGAUGAGAAAAAAAAAAAAAAAAAACCAGUGGAUCUCACAAAGUGCUUCUGAAAGCAAAUAAGUUUAUUGUCUUGAUAUUAUCCUUUAUAAAGAAUGUAACAGCAUCUUUUGAUAAUUGUACAUUACAACGUAAAUGGCUGAUUUGAAGCAUUAAUUAAAUGUGAAUGUAAUCUGUACAAUUUUGUAAAUGGGAAAAUAAGCUUAGUAUUAAUUGUCUUGAAAAAUGCAGCAUUUCCUUGGCAUUAGCAUGGUUCUAUAUGCCAGUGCAUCUCAGCCAGUGAAUUGUGGGUACUUUUGUGGACUGCUUCUCAGAGUCAUUGACUCAAAUGUUUAUGUGUCUUCAUAUAAUAAAUUAAUUUUUUAAAUUUU